AUGGAAACCGAAAACGAAUUCCCCUUCCUCGAGGAGGUAUACACCUCUCCCUCCCAAUCCAAGAUCGAUUUCGUCUUUGUCCACGGUCUCAACCCCCGCGGCAGAAGUGACCACCCCUACGAAACAUGGCGCCAUCAGAAUGGCACCUUCUGGCCGAGGGAUUACCUGCCGCAGGAUAUCCCGCACGCGCGGGUGUUCGUGUACGGAUAUAAUUCGAACGUCACGAAUCCGCAGGCCAUGUCGACGGCGAGUGUGAAGGAUCAUGCAAAUACGCUGUUGAAUCUGCUCGAUAUGGAGAGAAGUCCGCAGCUGAAUACGCGUCCGCCGAAAAUUGUGUUUAUCGGACACAGCUUGGGGGGCUUGGUGAUUAAGCAGGCUCUGCUCAAUGCGCAUGAAGAUCCCAAGUAUACGGCUAUCCGGCUGGCGACAUGCGGACUCGUCUUCUUUGGGACUCCCCAUCGGGGCGCCAAAGGUGUUGAAGUCGGCAAAAUCGCUGCCAAGGUCGCUCGCUUCGUAUCGAAAGGACAUGCGAGUAAUGAGCUGCUGGAUUGUCUCGAGUACAAUUCCCUCUUCACGCGACAAAUGUCCAGCCGUUUCAGUCACCAGCUGGAGGACUACCGGGUCGUGAGUUUCGUGGAGGGUAAGGAGGUGUUGAUUGGAGGCGCGGGGCCGGCGUCCGUCAGCCAUUUGGUUGUAGAGGAAGAGUCGGCCGUGCUGGGCCUCCCCGGCAAUCGGGAAACCAGACUCAAACUCGACGCCGACCACUCGCAGAUGUGCAAAGUCGGGUCGCGAGGCCCCAUGUACAAACUCAUCAAGGGCAACAUCAAGCAGAUCGUUGACCAAGUCCUCGUCGCUGAACAAGGAUACGUCCCGCAACCGUCGACGUCGCCCCAUCCAGGCCCUCCGUUACCUCCGCGCAUGCACACCAACAGCAGCUCGCCCUACCCUAGUGCCACUCCUCAGACCACCCAACGAAUCGUGGGAACAAUGUACGCGGCGGUCGACAGCGAUCCGCGCUCCAUCCAGGCCGCCGAGCACAAGAACGCCGGGCGCUGGGAUCAAGCCCGCAACCUGGAGUAUGCCAUCUUCCAGGAACACCUGCGGACGCUGGGCCCGGACCACAGUAGCACAAUUGAGGUGGGCUACCAUCUCGCCGAGAUCGACCUCGAGGCCGCGUACCUCACCAAAGCAACCGAAUGGUGCAAGUGGGUAUCCGACCAGGGCCAGCGCACGUUGGGGCCCCGGCACCCGCUGACCCUGCGAGCCGAGAGCCUGAUGGGCGAUAUCCUCUGCGCACGAGGCCGAUACCAGGAGUCCGAGUCGGUGUGUGCCAACGUCCUCGCACGCCAGCAGAUGAGCAUCGGCGACGACGACCUCGACACGCUGGAGACGCGCCGCCGCCUCAGCAUGGCGUACAGCAAUCUCGGCCAGGAGCAGAACGCGGUCAGCAUCGCCGAGAAACGCCACGAGGCGCUACAGCGCGUUCUCGGUCCGCAGCACAUCCGCGUGCUGGCCUCCGCUCUCGACAUCGUCGAGGUGGUGAUCACUGCACGUACGCAAAACGCCCAGAGGCUCCUCGAGAUGCGCUUCAGCGGGGAGAUCGCCAACACCACGGCGCAAACGGGCCUGAUUGCGCGCGAGACGACCGACCUCCUCGGGCCGCGGCAUCCGCUUUCGCUGCGCGCCCUGCGCCUGCAGGGAAUCCUAGAGAUGCUGCAGCAGGAUUCCACCACUGCGUCGGAAACACUGCGGCGGACGCUUGCAAUGGCAGAAGAAACGCUCGGGCCUGACCACCCGGAGUCGAUGGCCCUGGUCGCCACCAUCGGGAUCAUGUACACACUACACAGCGACGGAGGGAACUACAUCGCGUUCAUGGUGCCGGGGAGCAGCAACAACAAGCUGGAGAUGGCGGGGCCGUGGCUGACGCGGUACCUGUCGUGGGCAGAGGCGCGCAAGGGCAAGGACAGCGCCGACGUGCAGUCCAUGCUGGAUAUGCUGGCACAGCUGCACAUGGCCCGGGAGCAGUAUACCGAGGCGUACAAGUACUACGAGCGACUGGUGGAGUCGUACCAGGCGGCGGGGAUGGCCGUUCCGGAGGUGGCGCAGACAAAUAUGCAGACGUGUCGCACGUAUACCAUGCUCCUUACGCAGUACUCGUCCCGGGGAACCGGGUCGGCUAUUGAGGGGAUACUGAAUUCGUUUGUGAAGAAGCGUUUCUAG